AUGGCGCCGGGCCCGCGGCUGGUUCUGUGCGAGGAGAAGGUCCGGGAGCGUAGUGGCCUCGGUCCCCACCGUGACCUGGCUGAACUUCAGUCAUUAUCUAUUCCUGGAACAUACCAAGAGAAGAUAACUCACUUAGGAAAUUCUCUGAUGCAUUUGACAGGUCUAAAAUCCUUAGAUCUCUCAAGAAACUCAUUGGUUAGCCUCGAGGGCAUUCAGUACCUGAUCUCCCUAGAGAGCCUCAAUCUCUAUUACAACUGUAUUUCCUCGCUAGCAGAGGUAUUCCGGCUCCACUCCUUAGCUGAACUCCAGGAUGUGGACUUCCGGCUGAACCCUGUCGUGAAAAACGAGUCUGACUACCGCCUGUUUGUUGUCCAUAUGCUCCCCAAGCUCCAACAGCUGGAUGACCGUCCCGUGAGAGAGAGUGAACGGAAAGCUUCACGACUGCAUUUUGCGCCAGAGGACUUGCCCCAUUCAAAGGAAAGCUUUGCGGCCACAGUGGGAAGACCACACCACUCUAGAGCCCAGUGCGCGGAUGCCUUGGCCAAGAAGUGUUUGGUCAUGGACGAAGAUGAUGAGGCUGUCCUGAACCUCAUUGCUGAGUGUGAGUGGGACCUAAGCAAUCCCCCUGGAAGCACCAGCACCAGCCAGAAGGAACUUGAGGCCGACCUGCAGCAUGCCCAAGAGUCCAGACAUGUGUUCAGCCCUUCUCCAUCCGUCCAUCAUCAGUGUGGGGACUCGGUGAGGAGGGGCCGUGAGAAGAAGAGGGGCAGCUCUGGAGGGUGCUGCUCGGGACAGCCAGCUGAGGACCAGUACUGUGGGGAGCUGCCCACACAGCACGGCCACCCAGAUUCCAUGGAUGGAGAGGACUCUGCCUCAUCCUCACAGAUGCCUAGUUUGUCCUCACAGAAAGUGAUGCCUGUUCCUGAAAAGUACAGGAAGCGAAGGAUGCCUGGCGGAAAGUUCCAGGUGCCCUCAGAUCGGGAGUGUCUGAGCAGCCUGGACAGGGCUGGUGGGCCCACCAGCUUGGAGGAAAGUCUCAGAAGACAGGACAGCUCGGAGGCCAAGGUGGCCUUUUCCUGCUCUGAUGCUGCUGAGCCUGAAGAGCAGACUGCACGUGGUCCUCGUGAUGCCAUCGGGCUGUCGCCCAGACCACGCUCUGCAGCCAUGCCUGCACGGAGGGCUGCCCUGGAGACCGCGCUCUUAGGGGCACUGCUGGAUCUAGUGGACAGAUGCUGGAGUGGCAGUGGGUCCCUGCAGAUCAAUGAGGCGUUCCUCGCCCAGGCAAAGCACAUUUUGUCAUCUGUUCCAGCAGCGCAGGACAGUGUAGCACUCAAGUCUGAAGGAAUUAGCUAUCUGGCCCUUGAAAAUAAGUCCCUGCAAAGCCUCCUUGCGGAGCAGCAGCGGCAGUGCACCACCAUGAUGAGUGAGGUGACGGCGGAGCUCAGCAAGGCCCGGAAAGAGAUGGAUACCUUGAGGCAACAUUUAGACAAGUCUUUGGAGGAAAAUAGCAGCUUAAAAUCUCUUCUGUUCAGCUUGAAAAAAGAAGUAAAAAAUGCUGAUACUUCUGCUGCGCUACAUUUGCAGAUCACUGGACUUCAAACAAGUGUGAAGCAGCUCUCUGGUGAGAUUGUAGAGCUGAAGCAGUAUCUAGAGCACUAUGAUAGGAUCCAGGAGCUCACGCAGAUGCUGCAGGAGAGCCACAGCUCUCUGGUCAGCACCAACGAGCACCUCCUGCAGGAACUGAGUCUCGCCCGGGUGCAGCACAGGGCAGAGGUAGAGCAGAUGCACUGGAGCUUCCAGGAGUUCAAGAAGACCACAGCCCUGUUCCCACCCCACAGUGCUCAUCUUGGUGGCCGCCAGUCCUGCUAACGCCUGCCCAGAGGCCAGUUGCCCUCUUUGUGUUAGAGUCACAGGCUUGCACGUCAGUGUUUCUUUAUUUGAACACGCUAGGGAGAUUUGUCUCCUUCCCUUGGAAUCACCCGAUAAUUUUCAGAUGCACUCAGGCCCUACAGUUGAGCAUUCUAAUGCACCCUGAAGUGACAGUGAGCCUGGCCCUUCCUGUGCUUGGUGGGACUGCCGCUUUGUCCCUACACACCCUGACGUGAAGCUCAGGUGGGGUUUUUAUCUGGAAUGUGAAAGUACUGCAUAAGAUUAGUAAAAUAAUUUCAGUGUGACAAGCAAUCCUCCUUUAAUUGGCUAAUACAUUGUCACUAAAGGUUAAUUUUGUAAAUAGUUCUUUAUAACUUAUAACUGAUUUUCUCAUUGAAUUCCAUUAUGAAACAACCUAUGUACCAUGGUAGGUGGGCAG